AUGGGAAAUGGAGGAAGUGUGAUGAAGGUCGAACAUAUCCCAACAGGACUUAUAAUGGCAAAGAAGAUCGUUCUUAUUGAUGCCAAACCCACAGUCCGAAAACAAAUCUUGCGCGAAAUUCAUAUCACACAUUCGUGUAACUCGCCCUACAUUGUCUCAUCAUUUGGAGCGUACAUUCUGGAUCCAAAUAUCUGUAUCUGCAUGGAAUUCAUGGACAAAGGCAGCUUUGAUGGAAUCUACAAACGAUCAGGUGCGAUACCCAUCGAUGUUGUCGGUAUGGUCGCAGCGAGCGUUUUGGAGGGACUGGUGUAUCUUUACGACGUUCAUCAUAUCAUUCACCGCGAUAUAAAACCAUCGAACAUUCUUCUCAACUCCUUGGGGGAGAUUAAGCUCUGCGAUUUCGGUGUCUCUGGAGAGCUCAUCAAUUCUAUAGCGAACACUUUUGUUGGAACUUCUGUGUACAUGAGUCCGGAGCGAAUACAAGGUGCCGAGUACUCUGUCGAGUCCGAUAUCUGGUCAUUGGGUAUUACAUUGAUUGAGCUUGCACACGGACGCUUUCCGUUCUAUCUGGAUUAUGCAGACCAGGAGCUUUCGGCACAACCCAGAUUUGGCUCGCCAAGAGAACCAAUGCAACGGGAUAUGCUAGAUAUGCUUGCUCCGCCGAUGUCUCCCGCAUCUCGCCGACGCAGUCGACGUAGAAGCAAAGGUGUCUCUCUCCAGGGAGGGGUUCAAGAACUGAGCAUUCUGGAACUGCUACAGCAGAUCGUUAUGGAGCCCCCUCCGAGAUUGAUAUCGUCGGAGAAGGAUGGAGGCAAGUUUCCGAAAGCAGCAGAUAUGUUUGUGAAUGCUUGUUUGAUUAAGGAACAACGAGACCGAAAGCCGCCUGCGGAAUUGUUGAAAUACGAGUGGAUAGAGCAAACGCUGACUUCAGGUCUGCAGAUGAAGAAGUGGGCGGAGUCCGUGUAG